GUGCUACUGGAACUAAAUGGUCGGCGAGCAUCGAAAGUUUACGAGAACGACUGGGCCUAUUUUGAGCCAGUUCACACCCCAUCGUGUGCUGCCUUCAACAGAUCGUCCAAGAACUCAUCAUUCUUGCUCAUCAUUGUUAAAUCAUCGCCCUAUCACUUCUUGAAACGAGAAGCGGUACGCGCCACUUGGGGCCUAAUCUCGAAUCACUCGGGAUUUUUUAUUCGGACAAUUUUCGUGAUGGGCCGACAAGCCGAUGUAGCGCCUGCUGCUCUUGAAAAACUUCGGCGAGAGCUGCGCCUCCACAGGGAUGUAUUAAUUGGCAAUUAUAUCGACAGUUAUCGCAAUAACACAUUAAAGUUCUUGUCGGCGGUACAGUUCUCGUUCGAUUAUUGCCGCGAGCAACGUACUGUUCCAUAUGCGCUUUUUGUGGACGAUGAUUAUCUGGUUUUAAUGCAAAAUCUGGUAGCUGAAGUGAAAAAACACGAUGUCUCAUUGUUGGCAUAUCCGUUUGAUCGAUAUCCACCAUAUAUCUCGGCUGGCGCUGUUCUUCUCUCUUCACAAGCCAUACGUGAAAUGUACUAUGCAAUUCAGCAUACCAGACUUUAUGCAUAUGAUGAUGUGUAUGCCGGUAUAUUGGCCAAGUCGCUUGACCUGCCCGUCACACAUAACAAAAAUAUGCGUUUCUGGAAAGCAGCACUUAGUGAGAACGAUGCAUCAUCAGUGAUCUGUGCUCAUGGAUUCGAGGAGGAAGGCCUAAAAAAUAUUUACAGUGAGCUAAGGAGAAAGAUUCCAGGAUUCGCUUGA